CAGGUAUACCGCAUAAAUGUUGGCGGGACUACGAUUGACCCCAAAGAUGACACUGGCAUGUUCCGGUCUUGGACGGAUCAGGACGAUCAUUACUUGACUGAGAACCUUGGCAGUGUCUUGCCUGUGAACUGGUCCAGCUCCCUUGUCUUUGAUCACAUUCCUGAAUAUGCUGCCCCAGCGAAUGUUUACAGAACCGCAAGGUCUCUGGGAACCGACAGGAGCACCACCACCACAUACUAUUUAACAUGGUCUUUCCCGGUCGAUCCCAACUUCCUUUACCUCGUCAGGUUACAUUUCUGUGAGUUUCAGAGAGAGAUAAGCAAAUUUGGCGAUCGUACCUUCGAGAUCUACAUAGCUUCCCUGGUAGCUGAUUCGAAGGCGGAUGUUAUCAGGUGGACUGGAGGAAGAGGAAUUCCUAUUUACAAAGAUUAUGCCGUGGAUAUGUUUGCUCCUACGAGCAAGAAGAUUAACCUCACCGUCUCACUCCACACAGGCCCAGAGCAGUAUUCCGUUUAUGCUGAUGCGCUUCUCAAUGGCGUAGAGGUUUUCAAAAUCAGCAGCGACAACCGCAACCUGGCGGGACAAAACCCGGACCCCACACGGGUUCCGGAUCCACCUCAGCAACCACCAGAGCGGACAUCCUCAUCCAGUGGCAUCAGUAAGAACGUGAUAGCUGCUAUUGCAGCUGGGAGUGCUUCCGGCGCUUUGGUGUUCCGUCUUCUGUGCUUCUUGACUUUCUGGAGUCGGAGGAGUAGCAAGGAUUCGACUUAUACUGACAAGACCUCGCUCUGGGGGCCACUGCUGGCCGAUUUGUGCCGUCGAUUCUCUCUGGCAGAGAUCAAGGCAGCCACAAAUGGCUUUGAUGAGAUCUUCAUCAUCGGGGUGGGGGGCUUCGGGAACGUGUACAAGGGGUGCGUGGAAGGGGGAUCAACAACGGUGGCAAUCAAGCGGCUGAAUCCUGGAUCCCAGCAGGGUGUCCGCGAGUUCAUGACGGAGAUCGAGAUGCUGUCUCAGCUCCGCCACCUCCACCUGGUUUCCCUGAUCGGGUACUGCAAUGACGGAGGGGAGAUGACACUCGUGUACGACUACAUGUCCCAUGGGACCCUCCGGGACCAUCUGUACAACACAGAAAAUCCUCCCCUCUCAUGGAAGCAACGGCUAGAGAUCUGCCUCGGAGCACCACAGGGGUUGCAGUAUCUCCACAUGGGUACGAAACACGUGAUCAUCCACCGUGACAUUAAGACGACCAACAUCUUGCUCGAUGAGAAAUUUGAGGCUAAGGUUUCCGAUUUUGGUCUCUCUAAAAUGAGGACCUCCGACACGUCCCAUAUCAGCACCAUGGUGAAGGGCACUUUCGGGUAUCUAGAUCCCGAGUACUUCAGAUUCCACCAGCAGAUCGAGAAGUCGGAUGUGUACUCGUUUGGGGUUGUGCUGCUCGAGGUGCUAUGUGCUCGGCCACCUGUGAACACAAAUCUUGAGACUGAAGAGAUUGGCCUUGCGGGUUGGGUCCAGAGCUGCUAUCAGAACGGGAGCCUUGACCAAAUCAUUGAUCCCAAUUUGAAAGCUGAGAUCAAACCAGAAUGUUUAGAGAAGUUCGCGGAGACGGCGAUGAGCUGCCUACGAGAUGAAGGGAUGAAACGACCAUCGAUGAAUGAUAUUGUGUGGAGCCUUGAGCACGCACUGGAGCUGCCGGAGGGUGCAGUACAGCAGGAGACAAUAGCACUAGAGCCAACAUCUGCAAUGGAUGGAAGGCUGCAGGGUGCGGAGGACACUAAGUCAUUACCAGACAUGGAAAGCGAAGAAGAGGUCUUGAUUAUUCUGUAACAUAAAGUGACAUGAACUCCUAGUUAAGUCCUCGUGGCUUUUCUCAGUUAGUAAAUCAGAUUUCUUGCAAGACAAACAAGUGAACUUUUCGAAAAUAUAUGCCGGUAACAAUGGCAUUUACACUCCGGGAAGCCCUCUGGUCUGAACCAAAGAGCAUUCUUUACCGGGAAGGAAAAAUCGCUUGCAAUAUCAUACAUCAAAGAUACCAUACAUA